AUGGAAACUGUGAAUGAACUACCUAUUCAAGCAGUGUCCGUGUCAGGAAGAUUAUUUUGUGGAGACAAUCCUCUUGUGAACGUACCUGUGAAAUUAAUCGACAAAGAUCAUGGUGAUGACCGAGACGACCUUUUGGAUGAGAAGAGAACUGAUGAAGAAGGUAAAUUUCACGUGACAGGUGGAACUUUCGAGAAAGGAACAAUUGAGCCAGCACUAAAAAUUUAUCACGAUUGUAACGAUGAAGAGGUGAAAUGUCAAAAAAGGCUAUUCUGGAACAUCCCACAGAAAUAUGUGACCACGGAUUUGUACAAAAUUCCUGUUUUCAAUCUUGGGUCCAUCAACUUGGAAUUGGGAUUCGGAAAUGAAAAACGAGAUUGCAGACACUGA